AUGAUAGUUGCAAAUGAUCCAACAAUAAAAGGGGGAACAUAUUAUCCAAUAACAGUGAAAAAACAUGUUCGAGCAUAAGAAAUAGCAUGGGAGAAUAAAUUACCUUGUGUUUAUUUAGUAGAUUCUGGAGGUGCAAAGUAAUUAUAUAUGUAAAUAAUCAAGUUUAAUGCUUUAAGAUGAAGUAUUUCCUGAUAGAGAUCAUUUUGGAAGAAUAUUUUAUAAUUAAGCUAAUAUGUCAGCAUAAGGGAUUCCUUAAAUUAGUAUAGUACUUGGAUCAUGUACAGCUGGAGGAGCAUAGUAAUAAUAUAGUUAUAUAUGAUUUUUUAAGUGUUCCUGCUAUGAGUGAUGAGAAUGUUAUUGUAAGUGGAAAUGGUACAAUCUUUUUAGGAGGUCCUCCUUUAGUAAAAGCAGCCACAGGUGAAAAAGUAACAGCAGAAGAUUUAGGAGGAGCAAGAGUUCAUUGUUUUACUAGUGGAUUGACAGAUCAUUUCUGUAGUUCAGAAUUAGAAGCUUUAUAAAAAGGUAGAUCUAUAAUUAAGAAUUUAAAUACAAAAUAAGUAGGUAAUAUUAUUGAUGAUUAACCUAUUUAUGAUAUUGAAGAUUUAAAUUAUAUGAUGAGUAGUGAUCUCAAACAGUCUAUGGAUAGUAGACAUUUAAUUGCAAGAAUUCUAGAUGGAUCUAGAUUUAUGGAAUUUAAAGAAUAUUAUGGUACUACUCUUAUUACAGGAUUUGGAGAAUUAUAUGGAUAAGAAGUAGGUAUCAUAGCUAAUAAUGGAAUUCUUUUUAGUGAAUCAGCAUUAAAAGGUGCUCAUUUUGUUAGUUUAUGUUAAUAAAGAGGAGUUCCAUUAAUUUUCUUAUAAAAUAUUACAGGAUUUAUGGUUGGUCGUAAAUAUGAGACAGAAGGUAUAGCUAAACAUGGAGCUAAAAUGGUUAAUGCUGUUGCUACUGCUACAGUUCCUAAACUUACUUUGAUUUUUGGUGGUAGUUUUGGAGCUGGUAAUUAUGGUAUGUGUGGUAGAGCUUAUGGAGCUAAGUUCUUAUUCUCUUGGCCUAGUAGUAGAAUCUCAGUUAUGGGUGGUGAUUAAGUAAUCAUAAUUUAAUCUUAAUAUUUAGGCUGCUGGAGUCUUAACUUCUGUUCAAUAAUCAACGAUAAUUAGAAAUGGAGAAGAAUGGAAUGAAAAAGUUGAAAAAGAUUUAAAGGCUAAAUAUUCCUAAAAAUAUGAUCAAGAAUCUAGUGCUUAUUAUGCAACUGCUCGUUUAUGGGAUGAUGGAAUUAUUUUACCAACAUAAACUAGAUAAACUUUAGGCUUGGCACUUUUAACUAGUAUGUAACAUUACAAUUACGAAAGAACACCUCAUGGGGUUUUUAGAAUGUGAAUAUAUA